CCAGUCGGUGAAUUUUGUCCGCGUGCUUCUGACCGGGGAAGACAAUAAAUGGUGCACCACGCACGGACGGCGUGGUUCCGGCCUGCGCGUCUUGCUGUGGUUUUAAAUGUCAAUAUUGUUGGCCGAAAAGUGGAUUCGGGACACGCACAGACAGAGACUAAGCCGUGGCUAUGGACGCCCUCCGACGACCCCCAGUGCCUGAUGAUGUGGUUCAUUACCAGCUCUUUCUCGUCCGGUCCGAUCCCACUGAGGCCCGGGAUGGCGAGCCGGAGCUCUUGCAGAACCUCUUGGAGAAGAUUCUUGCAGAGUUUGCCCCUCUUCUGGUUCAGUACAUCUGGCAACAUGAGCCCUUCAACAUUAAGUACCAUCCAUUGAAAGGACGUGUUCCGGCUCAUAUCGGCGGCUCCACUAAGUUUGGCGAUAAUGUGGAGGACGAAUGGUUCAUCGUGUACUUGCUCCAGCAGAUCACACGCACUUUCCCUCAACUUGCUGCCAGAGUUCAGGACAAUGAUGGGGAAUUCCUCCUGAUUGAAGCUGCAAAUUACCUUCCCAAGUGGCUGAACCCAGAAAACAGUGAGAACAGGGUAUUUUUCUACCAGGGAGAGCUGCACAUUCUGCCCAAUCCUUCCCACCCCGGAGACCUGGGUUGGCCACGGGAUGUUGUACCCAGUGAGGCUGAAGCUCUGACCUUUCUCUCCAUGCACAAAGAAGCCUGUUUAGCAGACCACCGAAUUCAAUCUGCAGUUGGGAAAAGAAUAGAGGGAUAUCCAGGGAAGAUUCAGGCCCAUCUCCAUCGUGCCAGCUGCUUUGUGCCUGCUGGAAUUGCUGCUGUGUUGGCCAGCCGACCAGACCUCCUUGCACCUGCUGUCUCUGCCUUCUACCUGAGGGACCCUCUGGACCUCCAAGCCUGCCGCACCUUUCAUACGUUUCCCCCAGACACUUGUGUCAUGACCUCGGUGGUGUUCACACGGUGCCUGUAUGCCCAGCUGCAGCAGCAACGCUUCACCCCUGACUGUCGCAGUGGUUUCAAACUCCCUGCCCCCUCUCACCCCCAGUACCGUAGCUAUGACCUGGGCAUGAAGCUGGCCCAUGGAUUUGAGAUCCUGUGUGCAAAGUGCAGGUUGCCAUCUUCAGACAAAGAAGCCCCAGUCAGCUGUAAUCCCCUAUGGAGAGGAUUUAUGGAGAGCCUCAAGAAGAAUGACUACUUCAGGGGGGAGAUGGAGGGUUCAGCCCGUUACAGAAUACUGAUGGCUCAAGCCGAGAUCUCUUUCAAACAGUCCAUCACCACUCCGCACAGGACACCUGGGGAGGAGGUUCUUGAGGUGUUGCACAGCGCCUCAUUCAACAUCGAAGAGUUAAAGGAGCAGGAGGCCCAUCUCCCUCCAGAGGACAGUGACAGUUGGCUGGACAUCUCACCUCAGGAGCUAGAGCAUCUGCUAGAGGAGAAGGCUGGGUGGGGUGCAGAUACAUCCAACCUGUCCAAGGUGGACAGUGCUGAGGGGGCCAAAUAUGAUGAAGCCAGCUACAACCUGGUGGCUGUGACGAGAGGUGUAAAGAACUUCAUCAACACCAUCUCCUCACAUGAGGGAGCCGAACUGCCCUGGUUGUAUUCAGAUGAGCCCUUCAGUGUUGAUCCAGCCUUAAUGGCCAGUACUUUAGAGAAUUUGCUAGGAUGCCAAGGAGCAGAGCUAGAUUCAGAUGAUCUGGAGGAUGAUGACUGUGAUUCUGAUGAUGACCCUACUGUGAGAUCUGUAGGCCAGUAUCCAGACCUCAAAGAAGAAGCAAAAGAGGAUGCUUUAGGCACUCUAAAGAAGUACAUGGAUCAAAUGGACCUGGAGCUGAAAGACACAAACAUUGGAAAAAGUUUUGUCAAGCCUGAGCCCAGUGAGAAAUCAGACAUCCCCGAAGAGUGCCAGCUUCAUCCUGGUGCAGUGGAAUUGCAAGGGGAGGAUGAGGAGAUUCAACCUCUGGAUGUGGACUUGAAUCUGGUCACCAACCUGCUGGAGUCACUCAGCUCACAGGAAGGCCUUGCAGGUCCUGCCUCAAACUUGCUGCAGAGCAUGGGAUUUCAUGUGCCACAGAACUCUGAUGAGACCUAACCCCACCCCUUUACCUGUUCCGUAAACAUGCUGCACUGGGUACCACCUCCACAUGACCCUGAUCAGUGCUGGCUUAUUCCCUAGUUACAUGCCAGGUUCUUAUAGGGGUAGUGCUUUGGGGUCUACUUGCCCCAGAGCACAAGUCAGUCCUGACCCAACCCAUCACUAAUAGCUAUUUCUUAAAGGUACAGUGCAUUACAUUUCACCUGCCCAACUCUACAAUCUCACUAGUUAUACUGUACCUGUUAGGGGCAUGAUUCAUGCAACCACCUGAGACAAGUCCUGUUCUGAUGUCAUUAUCCUGCUUCUAACUUAAUUGUGACCCCGCAAUUGAAAAUGAAUAUUCCAAAUCCACAGCAGCACUUUGUCUAGAUACAUGAUCUGGAGUGUUUAAUCUUCAUAAAUUGUGUUCUUGCUCAUGUACUUUUGUUCUUUGUUACCAGUGCUAAUAAUCUUCCAUAAAGCAGGUAACCUACACCAUCUUUAUUCUUGCUUCAUUUGAGUGUAAGAUCCUUCCAAAGUCAACCAAAUCAUGCAGUUUCCCAGAAAUGUAUACCAUUCU